AAAGUCAUUAUUCUUUUUUUUUAAUUUUUAAUCGGGUUUAGCGUGUAUACAUUCAGUGACUUAAGUAAACAGAUGGUUGGCGUUUUAACGCUUGUCGAUCAAAAACUCUCCUCUUAUACCAAAUUUCUUUUGAUGUUUUCACCGUUGAUUAGUGAUUUGAAUACAGUUACAAUAACUUGUAGUGCGUGUUGAUAUUUUAGAGAUAUGCUCCAUUUAUAAAAUAUUCAUGCUUCAUAUAAGACUACGUCACAAUACAAAAAUCCGCAACAAGUCCAAAAAUGCACUUUAAACCUGGAAUGCAGUUAUAGGUUUUUAAAUAGAAAGUUUUCUUUGCCACUGCAUUACUGUGUGCCAUCCAAAGUUGGGUUUGAUAUUACCUUGUUGAAUAAUUAGGAUUCUAUGUUUUGCUUGACUCCAGGCAAAAGUCAGUCAAAUAAUUGUUUAAAGAAUUAGGUAAAUUUUUAAUUAAAAAGGUUUCAGAAAAACCGGAGAUAAAGCUGGUGAUAUUAAUAUUGUCUUAACGUGAAUAUGCAUUAUUUUAAAAUUGAAAGUCAUACAAAUUGAGGGAGAAAAUCAAUUCUUCUUUAUCUGCAUGUUUUUUAUAAAUGUAUUUGGAUUUGUAAGAUUCAUACUUAAAAGAUGUGUAUACGGUAGAACUCAAAGCAAAGCAUUUUCCUACUUGUGAGCUACUGUUUCAUGUACAAAGUUUUACGGUGAAAGAAAGUGCUUCAAGGGAUCCCCACGGCUAGUGCUUGUGAAAUUCGUGAUGUGAAACCAAGGAAAUGGCUGUUUUGUCGAAAUAUAUUGAUCGAAUAGAUAACAAAUUGAAGCGAAUUCAUAUAUUUAAACCAACAAUAAGUCAGGCAUUAGUUGGUGCAGCUUUAGCAGCGUGGACUAUUAAACUAUAUUAUUCCCUGUUGCCCAGAAGUAACAAUAAUAUGUGCAUUGACUGUGAAAAUAAUAUAAAGCUUGCGAAUAUCGAUAAAAUUGAAAAUUCAGAUAUUUCGACAACGAAUGCAGUAAAUAACGAAGAUUUUUCUAUAGCUGAAGCUGAAAAACUUGUCCUAGAGAAGCAGUUGAAAAAUAAACGCGAUAAAGACCUUUUCCAACCUGGCCUAAAUAAUGACUUUGUGAAGCAGUUGCUUAAAUUAUUGCAAAUUAUGAUACCGAAAGUAAUGUGCUACGAAACGGGCUUAUUAGCCGUACAUACUUUGUGCUUAAUCUCACGUACAUUUCUCAGUAUUUACGUGGCUGCAUUGGAAGGCGCCAUUGUCAAAUAUAUUGUACGUAAGGAUUUGCGGCAGUUUACCAUAGUUCUACUUAAAUGGUUCGGCAUUGCGAUACCAGCCACUUUUAUUAAUUCUAUGAUACGUUUUCUGGAGGGCAAACUAUCACUGUCAUUUAGAACACGGUUGGUGCGACACGCGUAUCGCUUGUACUUUAAGAACCAAAAUUAUUACCGGGUUUCUAAUUUGGACGGGCGUAUUGAAAAUGCGGAUCAUCGGCUAACCGAAGACAUAUCAGUAUUUGCCAGUUCGAUUGCCCACUUGUAUGGUAGUCUCACUAAACCUUGCUUUGAUCUAAUGCUAAUUGGUCUGGCUUUAAUGCGUUCUACUCAAAGACUAAAAUCGAACAUUUUGCUGGGCCCAGCACUGUCGAUUAUUGUCAUAGGGCUGACGGCACAUAUAAUGCGCGUACUUUCGCCGAAAUUCGGCCAGUUGGUGUCUGAAGAAGCAAAUCGUUACGGUUACCUUAGACACAUACAUUCACGAAUUAUCACCAAUGCCGAAGAAAUCGCAUUUUACGGUGGUCACAAGGUUGAAUUACAGCAACUACGUCAAGCAUAUAAUCGUUUGGUAAAUCAAAUGAACUAUAUUUUCACACAGAAAUUAUGGUUUAUCAUGGUGGAACAGUUUUUUAUGAAAUAUGUUUGGUCCGGCACGGGCAUGGUAAUGGUUUCACUGCCAAUCUUAAUGGGCUCCGUCAAGAAACGAUACCGCGGUCGCGGUCUAAGCGGAGAUAUGGAUUCUAAUGUUAGUGAACGAACACAGUAUUUGACGACGGCACGUAAUUUACUGAUAUCUGCGGCUGACGCCAUUGAGCGUAUGAUGACCGCCUAUAAAGAAAUUGUGUCCUUGGCUGGUUAUACGUACCGCGUAGCUAGUAUGAUAGAGGUGUUUGAAGAGACAGCGCAGGGCAUUUACAGUAAGAUAACCAUGGGCAAAGAUGCUAAAGACGAACAUAGCGUUAUAGAAUUUAUUAAUGAUCAGCCUGUGGCAAAGGGUCGCAUCGUAUACUCAGACAAUUGUGACAAUGCUUGCAUAUCAUUGCGAUCGGUGCCGGUUGUUACGCCUAAUUGCAAUGUCGUAGUAACAUGUUUGAAUCUAUCCAUUAAACCUGGAAUGCAUUUAUUAAUCACAGGACCCAACGGUUGCGGUAAGUCCAGCCUUUUUCGCAUUCUCAGUGGACUUUGGCCCAUAUACGCAGGUGAGUUAUGUAUACCACGGGCGAUCGAAGACAAACCUUGUAUGUUCUACAUACCUCAGCGUCCUUACAUGUCCAUCGGCAACUUGUGCGAUCAAAUUAUAUAUCCUGAUACUCGCGACAGUAUGUUGCGCAAGGGAAUCAAUGAGAAUGACUUAAGGAACAUACUGAAACUGGUUUCCUUGGAGCACAUUGCUCAAAGAGACAGCUUUUAUGUUGUGCGUGAUUGGAAAGAUAUCUUAUCCGGCGGCGAAAAACAAAGAAUGGCCAUAGCACGUCUCUUUUACCACAAACCAAUGUAUGCUCUGCUAGAUGAAUGUACAAGUGCUCUAUCGGUUGAUAUAGAAAGCUCAAUUUACGAGACGGUAAAAAAUAUGGGCAUCACAUUAUUAACAAUUACACAUCGCCCGACCUUAUGGAAAUUUCACACGCAUUUACUUGAAUUUGAUGGCCAAGGUGGUUGGAGUUUUCGUCCUUUGGAAUUGCCAGAAUAUCAACGACCAUAGUUUACAUCUAUUGUUAAUAAAUAUUUUGUAGCUGGCUAUCAAUUUAGGUAUUUUUUUCUGGUACACAUGUAUUUGCUUGGUUUUUAAUACAAUAAUGUUAAGACGAAACUUCAAAUCACACGU